AUGGACCCGUCAACGACACUCUUCACUUUCAUGUUUCAAACACACCCUUCGACCCAGUCCGUGCAGCUUAUUGGGUCGUGGGACAAUUUCAGCCAAUCUUACCCCAUGCAACGCGACGUCCGGCGUGGCCGUGGCCAGUGGAGAGGCUGCUAUUCUUUUCGCGACAUCGUCUGCGACGACGCUUCCGUCUCGGCUUCUGCGACGUGUGUUGGCACAAGCGCAGGCACAGGCGCAGGCUUCGGCUCUCCCUCAGGCUCGUGUCUGAACAAGAGGCACGGUGGUCUCAAGAUGGGUCAUACCUAUUAUUACUACUAUGAGGUGGAUGGUUCUGUCGAGACACACGACCCAAGUCUCCCUUCAACAACUGCCUGCCCUUAUCUACCAGGCCAAGCCGUCAACACCUUGAUUGUCCCUGUCGAGCAGGCUCUCCGACAGCGAAGUGCAUCUCUCACAUCUAUGCGUGCUGCCGACUUCAAGACAAUGAACCCCGAAUCAAAAUACACCACCCCUCGACCCGCUCCUACAACAGCCGCCAACCAUCUCCCCUACCGUGUUGGCUCCUCUCCCUCACUACACCACAAGGCUUCGUCUCGGUCAUUGUCCCCCGCCCCGGCAGCAUGGAAGCGUUUGUUUGGUCGCAAGUUGAAUAGCCGUGAUGGUGAACGAGGUCGAUCUCCUGUCCGCAACGACAUGGCUGGCCUCACGGAGGAGGACUUUGACGAUCGGUGUACAACCCCAUCGGAGGGUACUCGUACCCGGGAUAUCUCCCCCGAGUCCCUUCGCCGCUUCCUGUCCGACGAUCUUCCUCCCCGACCCGACUCAAACCUCAGUGAGAGGCCUUCGUUGGUCAUCCCCGAGGACAUCGCCGACGACAAUGACAAUGACGACGACGACAACUUUGCAACUUCGGCAGCAUCCGAGACUCAGUCUUAUGUCACCCGCCUCUCCCCUCCUCCCUUCAAGCGUUCCGCUUCCACCGAGUCAUUUAAUGCCGAGGCGGCCAACCAGAGCUCCAUCACCCUCAUUCCUACCGAGCCACCCAAGCAAAACGUUCACGAGACAGAUGAGGUACCCGCGUCCGCUGUGCUGCCCUCUCGGCCCCGGCUUGAGACACUCUCAGUGCCUCGUGCUCCUUUCAACCCUGCUACGAGUUUCUUCCUCUCUCCCGUCUCGCCCAACUUCCCCGAGGAUGAGUACACCAACUUCUUCGACCUGACCGACGACGAAGACGAUGUUGUGUCAAGCAACAACAGUGAUAUCCUCUCCUUUCAGCCCACCGCUGGCAUGCCAUCGACGACCGACUCUUUCGAGUGCUACAGUCUUCCUGAGCCUCAUGAGCAGGGAGCCAAGAUUGCGGAGCCCAAGCCGACCUACGGCAAGGUCAACUCCCCUUCUCUCCUCUCCCGCAGCGAUUCUGGUUUCACUGUCAGCGGUGGCAACUUCCUGGGUGCUCCUAUUGACACUGGAUUGGAUGACUUCGCUGCCGAGCUGGGCUGGAUGGUUGACGUUAUCGGCACCAAGCGCAACUAA